AUGCUUCAAAAGAAGGACGAGGCUUUAGACGCUGCUGAGCAAGGAAAAGCACAAGCCUUGCAAGACGCCUUGGAAAUAAAAUGUGGCUUCCCAUCAUUUCCACACAGGUGCAAUAAACCUGAAGAAGAGGUUACAAACAUUUCAAGAAAAACAUCCACUUUGAUAGCUUUUCUUGCAAUACAAAAUGAAACAAUUAAUUUACGGGUAUUGGGAAAGGAAAGCAACGCUGUAUUCAGGCAAGCAAAGUUAACAAUGGAAAAUGUACAUGAAGAUUCAUUUGCUGCUCUUUUGGAAGCUUCUUUAAAAAAAAAUCGAUGCUGGGGUCAAUGUAAGAUGCGAGAAUCGGUCAUUGGACAAGGUAAGCGACAGUCCAGCUCCCAAUACUCGAGUCAAUGAUCGAAUAUUAGGGAACUUAAGAACCACGACGACGGCUUGGUCGACGACGACCGGAAGUGAGUUACACUGUACUGCGCAAGCGCGACUAGUAAAUUUGGUCGUCGUGGUGUCGUCGACGACGCCAAACAAAGUAGAAUCACGUCGUCCUGCAAUCCACAAGCUUCGGCAGGUAUAAAUCCACUGUUUUAAGCGAUUUUUGAAGGCCUUUGCAUUUUUUUGUCCUCCUAAAUCAAGGUAUCGUUCCUUUUUUCUCCAGACGAGCGAUGUUGAUUGAAAAUUCGACAAAUGAAUUCAUUUUACUUUGAAGAAUGACAACUGCUGAGGAGGCCAAGCGAGCGAACUCGUAAGUGAAUUGUGAUAAAUUUAUUUGUACGUAUUUAGGUAAGGCAAAUCAUAUAUCUUAAAUGUAGAGGAAAUAAACUUUACAUGGAAAACAGCUAUCACAUCAGAAUGUCUCUUUUUCGAGAUCUAAAAUCUGACGGACACUCGGACUCGGCUAUCUCAUUCAAGUUGAAAGUUGAAUAAUUUCGUACGGAAAGUAGGUGUAUUUCCACUCGAAAAGGUCAGACAACACAAGAAAUUUUUCAUCGUCAAUGAAAUUAGACGUACGGCUUGAACAAAUAAGAUCUUGCGUUGUUUUGAAAGACGGCAUUGCGAAAAACUUUGUUGCGAACGAACAUCACAGUUUUACAUCUGUGUUUACAUUCAUUGUCGUCGUCGUCGACCUACCGAGCGACCGCAUCUUAACUUUCCUUUUUCCCGCCGAAACCGACGUUCUCGUUCCAGUCUUUUCCCAGUCAACAGACGUCGUCGUCGUGAACUUCGUCGUGGUUCUUAAGUUCCCUAUUGGAGCCGUCACGCAGGAAUACUAA